AUGGGAAAUAAUUGCUUUAGGGAUGCUUCCAGAUCGACGGCGGAAAUUGCGCCGUCGGAGCUGGUAAAACCCCCUCCGACGAUCAGACUCUACGGCCAACCCGAGAGCUUCGCGACCUCCCACAUCCGAUUGGCCCUCCUCUACAAGCCCGUCACCCUCCAGUUCGUCCCGUCGGAUGCCCACCCGAACCCGACCCUCAUCUACCAGUCCGAGGUCGUCUCCGGCUCCGUCGAGGACAUCCUGCGCUACCUGGACGCCAAGUUCCCGGACCCGCCGCUGUCCGUGGCGGCGGGCGGCAGCAGCAGCAUAUGGGGUUGGUGCGGGGAGACGACGCCUGUGGUGGUAUGGGUCGUGGUGCUGCAGCACCGGAGCGUGAGCUGGCACCUGGAGAGGAUGGUUAAGUGGGCGGAGGACAUGGCGGCGCGUGGGGGUAAAGCGAUGGGGGAUCCGUCGAUGGGGAGCCCCAGGAUGGAGGUGAAGAAGUUCGGGAAGAGCUACUCGCAGCUGUUGCAGGUGAUGUUGGAGCACGCGCAGAUGGAGGAGACCGUCCUCUUUCAGAUCCUCGAAUCCGCUGAUCGAGGGUUAUGCAAAUCCGCGAAUGAGGAACACGCACGACAUUUGCCUAUAAUGAAUGGGAUCAAAGAAGAAAUCAAGACCAUUGGAGUCAUGAAUGCGGGAAGCCCCGACUAUGAAGAGGUCCUCAUCAACCUUACAUCUCGUCUCAAAAGAUUAAAGGAAGACUGCAGAAAACACUUUGAGGAGGAAGAACGAGAGCUGCUGCCGCUGAUGGAAGCAACUGAGUUAAACAAAAAGCAGCAAGAGAAAGUGUUGCAACAAUCAUUGGAUGUGAUGCGCGAAACACAUUCUCACUUGUUUCGAUUUUUUAUGGAAGGACUCGGACCUCAAGAUGCAAUGCACUACUUUGACUUGAUCAAGAGAUACUGUGACAAUGUUCGAGUAUCACUCAUGCUCCACAUGAUGGUCGAUUGA